AUGACAGUCAGGGAUCUCAACUCCGAUCAGUUUGUACUUCUCGAGUUUAAGGAUCACAUUGCCGGUCCUCAAAAUGUCUUGGCAAACAAUUGGACGGCCUCAACCUCUGUUUGCAAUUGGAUUGGUGUUUCUUGUGGCAUCCUCCAUAAAAGAGUUAUAGCUUUGAAUCUUACAAGCAUGAAUCUUAGGGGUACUAUCCCUUCACACAUUGGAAACCUUUCAUUUCUACUCUCUCUCGACUUGAGUAGCAACCAUUUCUAUGGCCAUCUCCCUAAAGAAUUGGGCCAAUUGCAUCGUUUGAGGAUCCUUCAAUUAAGCUACAACCGUCUUAAUGGGGAAAUUCCAUCAUGGCUUGGGAACUUACAGAGAGUUCGAAGCCUGAAAAUGAAAAAUAAUUACUUUACAGGCACAAUCCCUGAAACACUUGUUAACACGUCUAGUCUAGAGAUCUUGAACUUGGCAUUCAAUCAAUUAUCUGGUCAGGUUCCAUCUUCCAUCUUCAAAAUUUCUUUUCUGAAGAUUAUUGAUCUCUCCAGCAAUAGCCUAUCAGGUAGUUUGCCUAAUCAUAUGUGUCAACAUCUUCCCAAGCUUGAAGGGCUUUACCUGAGUUGGAAUGAAUUAUCUGGUAACAUUCCAUUUGGCAUGGGCAAAUGCAACAACCUUAAAAAUUUGUCAUUGUCCCGUAAUCAAUUUAUGGGGAUCAUUCCAAGAAGUAUUGGAAAUCUAACACGACUCCAGGAAUUAUAUUUGGGGUUUAAUAAUCUAGAAGGUCAAAUUCCUGAGGAAAUCGGUAAUCUUCUUGGUUUGGAAAUGCUUAAUAUUGUAGCAAUUAAAGGCCUUACAGGUCAGAUUCCAAUGUCGAUCUUCAACAUUUCUUCUCUGAAGGCUAUUAAUCUCUCCAACAAUAGUCUAUCAGGUAGUUUGCCUAAUAAUAUGUGUCAACAUCUUCCCAAGCUUGAAGGGCUUUACUUGAGUUUGAAUGAAUUAUCUGGUAACAUUCCAUUUGGCAUGGGCAAAUGCAACAACCUUAAAAAUUUGUCAUUGUCUUGUAAUCAAUUGACGGGGAUCAUUCCAAGAAGUAUUGGAAAUCUAACACGACUCUGGGAAUUAUAUUUGGGGUUUAAUAAUCUAAAAGGUCAAAUUCCUGAGGAAAUCGGUAAUCUUCUUGGUUUGGAACUGCUUAGUAUUGUAGCAAUUAAAGGCCUUACAGGUCAGAUUCCAACUUCGAUCUUCAACAUUUCUUCUCUGAAGACCAUUGAUCUCUCCAACAAUAGCCUAUCAGGUAGUUUACCUAAUGAUAUGUGUCAACAUCUUCCCAAGCUUGAAGGGCUUUACCUGAGUUGGAAUGAAUUAUCUGGUAACAUUCCAUUUGGCAUGGGCAAAUGCAACAACCUUAAAAAUUUGUCGUUGUCCUAUAAUCAAUUUAUGGGGAUCAUUCCAAGAAGUAUUGGAAAUCUAACACAACUCCAGGAAUUAUAUUUGGGGUUUAAUAAUCUAGAAGGUCAAAUUCCUGAGGAAAUCGGUAAUCUUCUUGGUUUGCAGCUGCUUAGUAUUAAAGCAAUUAAAGGCCUUACAGGUCAGAUUCCAACUUCGAUCUUCAACAUUUCUUCUCUGAAGACCGUUAAUCUCUCCAACAAUAGCCUAUCAAGUAGUUUGCCUAAUGAUAUGUGUCAAUAUCUUCCCAAGCUUGAAAGGCUUUACCUGGGUUGGAAUGAAUUAUCUGGUCAAAUUCCAUCAAGUAUUUUUAAUUCAACUACGCUCGAAGAAAUAGAUCUAUUUAACAACAAAUUAGAAGGUAAUUUACCACCCAUCACCAAUGCUCCAAAGCUUGAGUUUCUUUUUUUGUGGAGAAAUAAACUUAGCGGAAACAUUCCAAACUCUAUCUCCAAUGCUUCCAUGCUUAAGGAACUAGAAUUGUCAACAAACUUAUUCUCUGGCCCAAUCCCUAAAAUGCUUGGCAGCUUAAAACACCUUGAAGUUCUCAAAAUCUUUGACAAUAAUUUGAUCACAGGAUCUGCUACUGAUCAUGAGUGGAGCUUUCUUUCUUCUUUGACGAAUUGUAAUAAUUUGAAAACCAUAUCAGUUUCAGGAAAUCCAUUGAGUGGCGUUCUUCCUACUUAUAUCGGGAACCUUUCAAAAUCCCUUCAAUACUUUUAUGCCUCUAAUUGUGAGCUUCAAGGCAUUAUUCCUAUGGAAAUAGGUAACUUAACCAACCUAUUGCUUUUACAACUUGGCUAUAAUAAAUUAAGUGGAUUGAUUCCAGCAUCAAUAGGAGGAAUGAGAAAUCUCCAAGGUCUAUUUCUUUCCUCUAAUAAAUUUGGAGGGCCUAUCUCAGAAAGCCUCUGUGGUUUGGAGAGACUAUACGAGAUGUAUUUAGGGUUGAAUAAGCUGCAUGGAUCCAUACCCUCUUGUUUGGGUAAUAUUACUUCUUUGGGAUAUCUUUACUUAGAUUCCAACAAAUUGAGUUCCGCAAUACCCUCAACUUUGUGGAAUCUUAAAGAUAUCUUAGAAAUAGAUUUAUCAUCAAACCAUCUUCACAAUUCACAUGCUAUUGAUGUUGGAAAUUUGAGGAGUCUACUGAAACUAAAUUUAUCAAGGAAUCUUCUCACGGGCGAUAUCUUAUCCUCAUUUGGGGGUCUUCAAACUUUGGUUUCAUUAGAUUUAUCAAAUAAUAUACUACAUGGUUAUAUCCCUGAAUCAUUUGAUGGGUUGAUUAGUUUGGAAUUCUUGGAUUUAUGCAAUAACAAUCUCUCUGGAGUCAUUCCCAAAUCUUUGGAAAAGCUUUUAUAUCUAAAGUAUUUUAAUGUGUCUUUUAAUAGACUUGAAGGGGAAAUUCCCAGCGAAGGAUGUUUUUCAAAAUUUUCUAGCACAUCAUUCAUGAAGAAUUAUGCACUUUGUGGUCCACCUAGACUGCUAGUCCCACCUUGUAAAAACUACAUCCACAAAAACUCCCAAAUGAUUAUAUUGCAUGCUUUUAGGUAUGGUUUACCAACAAUUGGUAUUGUCGUAGUACUAAUAGUCUUAACUAUUAUGUAUAGAAGAUGCCAAAGGAGGAGUACAGCUUUACCAAUUAAAGAUGAUUUGUUGUCUUUGAAGACACCGAGAAGAAUUUCACAUGCUGAACUUUCACGAGCAACUAAUGGAUUUGAGGAAAGCAAUAUGCUUGGUUCAGGGAGUUUUGGAUAUGUAUAUAAAGGGAGGCUUUCAGAUGGAAUGGAAGUUGCAAUAAAAGUUUUCAAUUUGCAAACAGAGGGAGCAUUUAGGAGUUUUGACAUUGAAUGUGAUGCUAUGCUUAAUAUAGUUCAUCGUAAUAUUGUGAAGGUCAUUACUUGCUGCUCAAGUGUUGACUUCAAAGCCUUGGUGCUUGAUUACAUGUCUAAUGGAAACCUUGAGAAAUGGUUACAUUCUGAAAAUUGUUUCCUUGAUAUCAUACAAAGGGUCGACAUAAUGAUAGAUGUUGCGGUAGCUAUAGAACACCUCCACAAUGGACAUCCAACACCUAUAAUUCAUUGUGACAUAAAACCAAGCAAUAUUUUACUAGAUGAAGACAUGGUUGCACAUGUUGGAGAUUUUGGCGUUGCCAAAUUGUUGGGAGAAGGUGAAGUAAUGAAGCAAACCAUGACUCUUGCAACUAUCGGGUAUAUGGCACCAGAAUUUGGAUCAGCAGGAAUUGUUUCUAUAAAAUCUGACGUCUAUAGUUAUGGGAUCGUCCUUAUAGAAACUUUCACGAAGAAAAAGCCAACUGAUAAUGUUUUUGUUGAAGAAGAGACUAUAAGGCAUUGGAUGGAAAGUUCAUUGCCUAAAGGAGCGAUAGAAAUUGCAGAUGUUGAUUUAUUAAGAAGAGAGGAUGAGUACAUUGUUGUUAAAGCAAAUUGUAUUUCAUCUAUCAUGGAGUUGGCUUUGAAUUGUUCAGCUGAGUUACCAGAAGAAAGAAAAGAUAUGAAAGAUGUUGUGGUUGAGCUGAAGAAAAUCAAACAAAGGUUGCUAAACAACAUCCAACAUUUUUAACAGAGAUGGUGAGUAAAGAGUACACUUGUGGUUAUUAUUUCACACUUAAUUUUAUCAUUAAUUCAACAUUUUUAAUCUAUUCUGGAAUUUUAAUCAUAUAUAUAAUAUGUCGGUAUUCGUAAAAAUUAAUAAACCAUUUUUUUUCUUUUGCUCUCACGUACUAGGCUCUCUUCAAAAUUCAAACUUCUUUUGCAAUAUCAAAAUGGAAACCAAUAAAAUGCAUUAAAUUUCGACAUCAAGUUAUUUUCUUUGUUAGAUUGGAUUUUCUUAGUUUUUUAUUAUUUAUGAUAUAAUUUUAUUUUAAUCUUUUGCCAAUGAUUUUAUUAGGGCGAAGCCAGAAAAUCUUUUUAGGGGUGAAAUUAAAUUGUAAUUUUUACAAUAGUAAAAAUGUAAUUUCACCAUUUUAAUAGCCAAUAUUUUUAUAAUUUUUAAAGGAUUAAAUCAAAGUUUUAUAAUUUUUUGGGGGGCCAAAGUACAAUUUUACGUUUAUUAAUUUAAAAUUUUAAAAAUUUUAAAGGGCCUAAAUAGAAAUUUUUUUAUUUUAAGGAGGGUCGGGACCCCUGCCAACUCUCCUAGGUACGGCCCUAUUAAUAAAGGCAUCAACAAAUGGUAUUGUUCUCAUGUUAGGGUCUUGUCUCUUGAUUCCGCUAAGAGUCUUAUGGGUUCAUGUAGAUGGUUGCAAGGUAAAGGCUAUUAUGGGUGAUCGUAGUUUAUCCAAUCAAUGACAUAUAAGUUUUAUCGGUUUUCAAGUAUUUGCUAACUCUUUCUCUUUAUUUUCUUCUAAAUUUUUCAAUUUAGAGACAAGUAUAACACAAUGGUCUUAAUUGAGCUAGCUUGCCUCAUCAGGUAAUUUGCUACAUUCCAUUUAUUUAGAGUUAUUUGGAAUGUUUAGUAUUUAAUAUUGUCAUAGUUGAAAGUAUCAUUCAUAAUCUAAUCUAAUUGUGUUUUUGGCAAGUGGUUGUUGAUCAAGGAAAACUAAACACAUCUUUACUAUCAUGUUCUACAAAACAAAGAGACUUUUUUCUCGAUGAAA